UCCCCGGCUCCUGUGGCCGCGCGCUGGCGGCAGCGCGCGCGCUGGCCUGGAGGCCGACCUGGAGGCCCAUCUGGAGGCCAACCUGGCCCGGCAGACAUUGCGCGGGCAAGAUGGCGGCGCCCGGGGAGCGGGGCCGCUUCUACCGCGGAAACCUCUUCUCCUUCUUGCCGGGCGGCGCGCGCUCGGAGGUGAUGGACGACCUGGCGACCGACGCGCGGGGCCGGGGCGCGGGGCGGAGAGACGCUGCCGCCUCGGCCCCGACGCCAGCCCAGGCGCCGACCUCCGAUUCUCAGGUCGCCGAGGACGCCUCCCGGAGGCGUCCCUGCAGGGCCUGUGUGGACUUCAAGACGUGGAUGCGGACGCAGCAGAAGCGGGACAGCAAGUUUAGGGAGGAUUGUCCACAGGAUCGAGAGGAACUGGGCCGCCACAGCUGGGCUCUCCUCCACACCCUGGCCGCCUACUAUCCCGACCUGCCCACCCCAGAACAGCAGCAAGACAUGGCUCAAUUCAUACAUUUAUUUUCCAAGUUCUACCCAUGUGAGGAGUGUGCUGAGGACCUAAGGAAGAGGAUAUGCAGGAACCAGCCAGACACACGCACUCGGGCGUGCCUCUCCCAGUGGCUGUGCGGCCUGCACAACGAGGUGAACCGCAAGCUGGGCAAGCCUGACUUCGACUGCUCAAAAGUGGAUGAGCGCUGGCGUGACGGCUGGAAGGAUGGCUCCUGUGACUAGAGAGUGGCAGCCAGAGCCCAUGGGGCAGCCAGCCAGGGCCCAUGGGGUGGCCUGGCUGGACAGGAGCAGGGCACUCAUUAAAGUGAACAGAGCCAGAGCCUGUCGUGUCUCAGUUGGGUGGUCACCAAGACACUGCCAUGGAGUCCUGCCCCUCUCAGGUUUUGGGUAGAAGUGGAGGUGCCACUGCAGCACUGCAGGCACCCUGCUGGCCUCCUCAGCCCAAGCCCCGUGGGACUGCAGGCGAGGGAGGUGGGAGCAGCCCAGGAUGCCCCUCAGCAUCCAGGGUGAGGCUUCUGCUCAGCCCACACCCUGGCACCCAGUUCCUCACACAAGAAGACAGCAGGCCUGGCUGGGCUGCCCUAUGCCUGCCCCUUGAGGCCAGGCCAUUGCCUUCCCACACCUACAGUGGGGACACCUGCAGUGCCCGUGGCUCUGUGCCACCCACUUCAGGAAUGAGGGCUGGGGGCUGAGCUCUCCACUCCACUCAGUCUGUAAGGGAAGCCCAGGCAGGGUUCUUCCUUGAGGGUCUACCAGCCAUGCUGCCCACUCCCAUGGGCCUUCCACAGCUGUGCCAGGCCUGUCAACAGAGGCUUCAUGUGGGCAGCGUCCUCAGAGUUUGAGGCCAAAAUAAAAUGCUGGAAAAGUGA